AUGACAGGCUGGAACGGCGCCUUUGUCGCACUCGAGUAUUCGAACUCGUGGGACGUGUCGAGUACGAGUCUCUACCGUCAGUUCCCAGGAUUUGUGAUGGACCUCACGGAAAAGAAUGGUGUGAGGACUUAUGACCCCAAGGAUCGCGACUGGUUCUCGAGCUGGAAAGACAGGACCCCCUACCAGAUGAGCACCUCCGACGUCGGUCGGUACGUGACUGAGGUGACGGCCCCGUACCUCGACAGGUUUGGGAAUGGCUACCUCAUCUCUCUCACGGCUUCCGUCCCUACUGACAGUGGCUUCACCGGCGUCGCCGGCACCGACAUCUUGGUCGCACCGCUGGCGGACCUCGUCAGCGACCUGAAGCUGCGGCAGACUGGCGUGGUGCAUCUGUAUCACGUGGGCACUGGGAUUGUGGCGUCCUCGCCGCAGUGGUCUGCAGACCCCGAAGAAGGAUGA